AGUGUCAUUACAGGUUAUUAAAAAAAUGCUUCGGAUAUUGGUUCCUGCAAUUUUCCUCCUGGUUGCUGCUAUAUCCAACCUAGCCACAGCAAUUAAAAAAAGGCCACCUCAAACACUGUCAAGAGGUUGGGGGGACGAUUUAACAUGGGUUCAAACCUACGAAGAAGGGCUUUUUAAGUCAAAGAAAAGCAACAAGCCGUUAAUGGUCAUCCAUCACUUGGAAAACUGCAAAUACUGUAACGCACUUAAGGAAGCUUUUGCUGCAAGUAGAGAAAUCCAGGAGAUGGCAGACAAAGAUUUCAUCAUGUUGAAUCUUAUGCAUGAAACCGCUGACAAGAAUCUUGCACCAGAUGGUAAAUAUGUGCCCCGGAUUAUCUUUGUAGAUCCUUCUAUGACUGUGAGAGCAGAUAUUGCAGGGAGGUAUUCAAACCGUCUCUAUACAUAUGAACCUCGAGACAUCCAACUCUUGAUUGACAACAUGAAGAAGGCAAAACGUUUGUUAACAUCUGAGCUAUAACAAAGAACAGCAUCAUCAUUAACAGGAUUUUAUAUCCUUAUGUAUACGAAUUCCAUUUUAGUUACUGAUCCAUAUUGAUUAAUGCUCAAAGCCAAUAUGCAAGAAAUAUAUAAACUGUACACAAUGCCAUAAUUUUCAUUUUUUGA